AUGAAAAUCAAUUAUUUGAAAGAUGUUUUCAUUGUGUGCAUUUUAAUGCAUUUAGUUUCUGAAUUUGUUGUGUGUAACGAAAUUCAAAUGUUUACACCGUUUGACAUGUUCUAUUCUUUUAACACAACGUAUUUAGAUAUAUCAUAUCGCCGAAUUAACGAAAUUCCAGAACAUGCGUUUUAUGAUUUCCCCAAACUUUUGAAGGUUGAUAUAUCUCACAAAAAAAUCGUCAAAAUCGAUGUUGAUGCGUUCAGUCCCGGAGCUCGUGUGCAAAUGUUAGGUUUAUCAUUUAACAACAUCAGUUCAGUGACAUCAAAAAUGUUUGACAACUUAAUCGAAUUGAAAGUUCUGUGUAUUUCCAACAAUCAACUUCAAGAAAUUCCUUCGUUUAUAUUUCACAAAAUGGCUAAUCUUCAGUGCGUUGAUUUUUCAUUCAAUCAAAUCGAUAAUAUCCAUGAUUUUGCAUUUUUUGGUGACUAUAAAUUACAUUCAUUGAAUUUGGCGCACAAUCAACUCAAAAGUUUUGACGCGCGAAUUGGAGAAAAUGUUUAUUUGAAGCGAUUAGACAUUUCAUGGAAUCAAAUAACCGAGCUGAAUCCAAAUAACAUGAAAAAUCUGGCCAAAUUGAAGAAAUUAAGUCUUGCUGGAAAUCCACUUCAUCAAUUGAACAAAAACACAUUCAUGGAUUUAUCGAAUCUUGAAGCGUUGGACUUAACGCAAACGUCAUUGUCGGAAAUUGAACCAGGAACAUUUUCAAUGUUAAAUAAACUACGUUAUAUCGUUUUAAAUGACAACAAUAUCAAACGAUUGGACGAAAACUCACUCCCAUCAUGGUCCCCACAUGUUUACAUCAGGAAUAACCCAAUCGAAGAGUUGAAAGGAUUUAAGAUAUUCACUGACUCAGUUGAACUACUGAUUACAUAUAAUUAUAAAUUCAAUUGCACAGACCACAAUGCAACGAAAUGUGAAGAAUCUUAUUUUAAUUGUGAACAAAUAUGUACGCCGAAUAAGAACGAACCAGAUUCGGAUGAUUGGUUUAGCAUUUCGGAUAACGUUAUAAUGGGUGAAUACGAACGAAUGGAUGAAAGUGGACCAAAACCACGGAUAGCAGAAGAGAAUGCAGACGAUUUGAUCAAUCAACUGUCUCAAAUUGGGCUAUUUGGUGUGAGUCUUGGUUUCACUGUCGUGGUGCUGUUGAUUUGUUUCGAUCUACGUAAAAUAAAGAAACUGCAAACCACCCAGACAAGUGCUGUUAAAAACAACGAAAAAUGUAAAGCUUCAAAAAUGAACGAUAUUAUUAACGAAUUGAUUGUUUGAUUUUCU